CACUUUCUUUCUCUUAUUUUCUUUUUUUUUUUGGACAGUGGAGAAUGACAGCAGUUUCAGCAGCUGUCAUGACAUGCAGCUCACCAGUUAAACGGUGAAACUACGCACACUCACACAAAGUGAUAUAUAGACACAUUCUGCCACGCACACGAGGAAUGAAUUGAGAGAGGAGAGCUGGCAGCAACGCAGAGGUCGGUCCCACCUCGCUCUCUGUUGUCCGCUGUCAUGAGACGGGCUGCUACGUUCAGAUAGGCAGGAGCUUAGGUCGAUAUGCGACAUGGGUAACACACUUAGCCAAGAAGACAUCUCUCCUGCAGAGCUGGAUGCUCUUUGGAGGGAGCCGCCGUACACUCUGAAUGAACACUUCUCUGGCAAUGACAACAUGACUCAAGGAGCUGUUGAAGAGGAGGACGGUCCUGGAGUGGAGUCAGGUGAAGGUGGAGUGGAGUCUGAUAGCUACUGGAAGAAGAAAGAGGCUUUCCUUAGAGGAAGCAAAGUGUCAUUGGGGGAGAAAUUCUCUUCAGAAAUUGUGCUGUUGUUCACGGGGCGGAGGCGCUCCAGUGCGGAUCCUGACCGGGCCCUACAGGAGGCGCUGCGCACUCGACUCCGAGUGGUGGAGAGCAACAGCCAGGACGUCAUACAGCUCUUUAAAGACUUGUCUGCACGUCUGGUAUCUGUCCACGCUGAGAAAGAUAGCUUUGUGCUCACAUUCAAGACUGUGGAGGAAAUCUGGAAGUUUUCAACUUACUUAUCAUUAGGCUAUGUGGCUCGUUGUUUGGAGAACUUCCUGUGCGAUCAGUCGUUCUGGCUGGACGCAGAGCUGCUCAGUGACUUGGAGAUCAACGUAACAGUGGAUGAGGAACAUCUGGCCACCCUCUACCUGGGACUUUUACUCCAGGAAGGCUCUUUCUUUGCCAAGGCGCUGUUUACAAGGAGUGAGCAGGAUGAGGAAGACGAAGAGCAGCUGUCGUUCAAAAAGAACGACCUGCUGAUGGUGAAGGACACCGGGCAGGACAACAUGUGGGAGGGCACCAUGCUGUCCACGGGAAAUCACGGCCUGGUGCCAGUAAACGCCACGCAGCCGCUGCCCUACCCCUUCUACCAGUGGUUCCUGAGGAAGUACCCGGGCCACGCUGGAUGCUCACUCACGGAAAAGGAACCGUUUGAACAUUCUAUUGUGACAGGUUCAUGUGUAGCCAUCGUUGACUACAGUCCAGGUGGCCCAGAUGAGCUCCAGCUGAGUCAAGGAGAUACUGUGGAGAUCCAGGGUCUGCUGCUCCGGGGCCUGGACGUUUUCAUAGGAAGACAUGCUUCCACGGGACACACUGGCUUCGUACACAAGGCCCACGUCAAGCCCCUGAACACCUCACCGCUAGAUGAACAAUUGGUCUUUCUGACUGAGGAGGAGAAGGCCAGCCUGGCUCAGGUUAACCCGUGUAGCUCUGAGCCAAGUGACAGCAGUCUGCUGGAAAGACUCUUCUCGUCUGACAUCAGCUCCGUGUACAGGCUAGAUAGACUAGAUGACACUGAUUUCAUGUACAUCAGGAAUCGACCAAAACAUGAUCACAAGGGUCUUACAAGCGCCCGUCAGAGCGUCAUGUCGGAGAGAAGCGGUGGGACACCCCCUCUCCAGUCCUCCCCUCGCACAUCUUUCUCUCAAUCCUCCCUUCAUACGUCCCUCUAUCACUCUCACAAUCCUCUGCCGCGAGAGGGAGAGCGACUGUCCUUCACUCUGGAAGACACAUUCAGAGAACUGGACGAAUUCCAGGAAGAUCCUCCUCUUUUCUUGGAAGAGAACAGCUGGGACGGGGAGGAGUCCGAACUCAGUGACCCGACACUGACCCUGCUCAAUCACCAACACUUCCAGGAGGAAUUCCUGCCUCUGUACGACAUACAGUAUUCCUUCCUGUGGGUGACCUUCAGCGGUAAGACAGAGGAUGAGUUGUCAGGACAUCUCGAGACUGUCAGGGAGUGCGCCAAAAGACUGGGCAUGCACUGGGCGCAUCGACGGGCAUGCUUUCUCCUGGGAAGACUGUGUGCCAGGAAGGUCAAAUUCUCCCAGGCACGUGUUUACUACGAGGAGGCUCUGAGCGUUUCCGUGGACAGUUUCUCAGACACUCCAUUCCUCAUCGCUCUCUUUACAAACCUCACUGCCGUCUACCUGAAGCAACGCAUGACGGACAAACUGCCCCAGACUCUGGAGAAGGCCAGCGCCCUGCUCCUCUGUCUUCCCUGCCACUCCUUCACAUCCACAGACGAAGUCGAACUGCUGCAGCUCCUCAUGAGGAGAUCGGUGGUGUUGGUGGACAAACACCUGGAGGCUCGCAUAUGCUACCUCAUGUCCAGCCUCUUCCUGCUUCUCAGGAAGACUGAUGACGCUCUUCCCUUCGUCGAGCGACUCCAGUUUCUCUCAGUGACUAUCUCUGCCACCGAGGGCCGACCUAUAGUUCCUCUGGACCUCAACUGGCUCUUGAGUUGGCUCUACCAUCGCAAAUACAUGCCUUACUUAGCGCUGGCCUCUCUGAGCCUGGAUUCAAGACAAGACCACUCCCUCCACAAUGCCUUCCAGAGGGUUGAGUUGUUUAUCAGGAACUCUGUUCGUCUGAACCCGUGCUGGAAGGAAGGGACCUCCCUGCUUCCAGCUCAGAUUGUGGUUUACUUGCAGCAGGCCCUGGCUAUAGCUGAGCAGGUGGAUGACAAAAAGACCCAGAGGGAUCUGUGCUUGGGCUUGGCCUCAAUUUACCAGCAGUACGGUGCUCUGGACAAAGCAGUGUGCUGCGCUCAACAAGCUGUGGAGACGGGAGGCCACAUCAAUGAGGAGGAGGGCUUUGAGGCUUCUGUGCUGCUUGGGUGGCUGCUGGUGCUGACAGGUCAGGCUGAGAAGGCCCAGAGUGUCCUGCAACCUCUGCUAACAUCACUACAGGGAACAGACUGUCCCACCCAGCGAGGUGUGAUCCAUAACCUCCUGGCUUUGUGUCUGAGGCAUCAGGGUCGCAUCCCAGAGGCAGGCUGGCACUUCCACUCUGCUUUGGUAAUCUCCAGAGAGAGUGGAAACCAGAGGAAUCAGGCCCUGGCACUGGCCAACCUGGGCUGUCUGGCACUGGUUGUUGGGGCAUCUUGGGUUGCAGAACGCUUCCUUGUCAGAUCCCUGUGCCUUUUUCUGGAGCUCUGGGAAGGCCCGACAGACGAGGAGCACGUUCAGACCUACCUGUGGCUCGGGCGAAGCUACAAAGACAGGGGGAAGAGACAGGACAUCAGGGCGUGUUACGAAAUGGGCCUUCUAAUUGCACUACAUGCCAGAAACUUGCACAGUCAGAUGGUGGUAGCCAAGGCGCUAAGCCGGCUGUACGCUGACAUGCUGCUCUAUGGUCAGAGCAUCGUCUACUACGAACACUGUGUGUCGGUAUCAAGAGAGCUGAAGGACAAGAGACUGGAAGGAGAGUAUCUGGAAAUCCUCAGCAGCCUCUACCUCUCGCUCAACACUGAGAGAUCCUCUCGUAAGUCUCUUGACUACACCAAGCAGAGCCUGAGGAUUUCUAUUGAUUUGGGCAAGAGGGAGGAAGAGUCGGAGACCUGGCUACAAGUGGGACGCAUCUAUUACCUCAUCCACGAGGACGAGCUGGCCGACAUGUACCUGCAGGCAGCAGUAAAGACGGCCCUGAGGAUGAAUGAUCCUCACUUUGCUAUGAGCAUCUAUGAGGAGGCAGGAGAUGUCUACUUUAAAGGCCACAGGAACCGCAUGGCUUCACUGCCUUUCUACAGGGAUGGCAGCUUACCGUUUGCGCGGAGCAUCAACGACAUCCACUCAGAGUUCCGUUUGUUAAGUAAACUCACAGAGCUGUUGAUGAACCAAAGAGAGCAGGAGGAAGCUCUGCAGUACGCCAAGCUGGCUGUUCAGGUCGCCAGCAAAACAGGAGUGCGUGUGAAUGAGCAGACAGCCUACCACCGGCUGGCUACAAUUCACUACAACAUGCAGCGGUAUGAGAUGGCAGAAAACUACUACCUGAAGUCUUUGUCUCUGUGUCCGCCUGUCCUGCAGCACCCCAUGGAGGCUCGCUACUACACGAAGGUCUACAGCAGGCUGGGAAACCUAACGCUACACAAACUCAAGGAUGCUUUUGAUGCAGUGAGCUACUUCCAGCUGGCUCUGGCGGCGGCACUUGAGGACCGAGCUAACCCCGAGGCUCUGUAUGUGGUGUACAUGAAGUUGGCCGAGAUCCAUGGCAACCACAUGCCCGACGCUCAGCUGUGCCAAGUUUACAGAGACAGAGCCCAGAGUCUGAAGAGAGUUUUGGCUGGAGUGGAAAGCGCUGCUGUUGGAGAGGAAAACGCGGAUUAUGCAGACACAGAGUCUGGCCAAAAGAAGGAAAAGAACUUGGACGCUGAUAUGGGACACGCAGAAAGUCUGGUUAAGAGAAACGGCAUUUCUGAUUCCGUACCUGAAGAUGAAAGGCGCGAUGACGACUCACCUUCAAGAACUCGUGCGACCCGUGUGGACUCAGAGCACAGAUGUACAGACGUUAAUCUCAGAGAUGCUAAUGGGAGAGAAGAUCACAAUCACUAUCUCCCUGACGCAGACGGUCCUUAUGUGGAUGUGUCUGGCUCUGAGACAGAAACCAUCGCCAGUCAGUCGUACAGUGACAGCAUUUUGACGGAGUCUUUUGAUACAGCUAAGGAGCAGAUCUCAGACUCCAGCAGCUCCACUGAGACUUUACAAACUCACCAGAAUCCAACAGAUGGGAAAGACUUUGACACUGACCACAGCGUAAACAGUCAAAUACCUGCUAAUCACACGAGUGACAUCACAGAACACGCAGACGCCAGAGACACUGAUUCUGACAUUCAGGACGAACAAAACACUCCGACUGCAGACACAGAUGCUCAUGCAGCAGAUCAAAAAGAGCCUGAUAUUGACUAAACUAAACUGAAGAUAUUUCUGAGGCUAGCGACACACACAGCAAACGUCAUCACACGGUCUUCCUGUGGCACUUUAUGUAUGUUUUUCACUGACAUUUCCAUCAUCUGGUCACGCGUCUGUUGGCCAGAAAACUGGUUGCCGACUUCCAGUCUCUCAUUACGGCACUUAUUGUACGAAAGAUGAUGUCAAUAUUGUAAAGCUAUCAAGGAUUUAGUUGAUUCAAAGCAUGUGCCUUUUCUGUAAUAUACACUGUGUUAAUGAUAGCGCACUGUGCUUGUAAUAUAUGUUUUCUACAUUUUGUAUCUCUGGUAGAUAUAACAGAAACAUAAAAAAAAGAUUAUUUUUA